CGCGGUAGUGUCAGUUAAGUCAGUUUGCGAACGGCGUCAGCGUUGACAAGCGUGAGUUGCGAGCGUUUUAUACAUCGUCGUUGUCUUAUGCGACGGCAGGCAUGGCCAGCGCCUUGACGUUCUGUCUGCUGCUGGUCGCCGCACUAGCCGACUCCGUUUUUUCCACGCAACGAACAUUGCGGUCGUGGGUGAACCAGGAUUGCGGUGACCCGUGUCGCGAGCGAAACGUGACGACACUCUACUUGAGAGCCGAUGGCCCCAACGAUACGUUGCAUUACCUAUGGGAUUUCAUUGGCACCCCAUCCGUUCUGCUGGCCAUCACGUCACCCUCCGCCUAUCUCAACAUCACCUGGGACGACUAUCUCGCCAGAAGGGAGAACUCGGUUGUCUUCUCGGAGAAACCCUCCUAUUCCUUUGGGGUGAUAAUAAACAAGAUUAUCGAAUUCAACGAUGUAAAUGACACGGCACUGAUUGACACUGCCGACGUCAUUAAUACGAACGUUUUGCAUUCCGAGUAUUUCAACUGGCGGCUCGUGUCUCUAUUGAAAAAUAGCGAAUUCGUCUCUCUGGAUAUGGAGGGUAACUCUUAUCACGAUACAGCUAAGAAUAUCAGCAGAUACGGGAGUAUAAAACUUUCGCUCCGAGGAUUCUGUACUGUUGAUCAUUCAGACAUGGUGCCGCAUAUGCUACACACGGAGAAUUCUACGCAAGUGGACAUCAUCCUCGAUCACAUCCAGACUAACCAGACUUUUGCUCGUAGCAGAUUUGCUAUUGAAUUGCUCGUGGUUGGCGGUGGCGAUCCCGAAGUACUGAUGUUCGUUGAUCCGAAAAAGAGUCUGGACGAUGAGCAUACUCCGGGUAUAUUCGAGGUUGUUGAAGUUAGAACGCCACCCUACAGAGAACAGGACGGCGCGCUGAAUGCUGGAUCGUAUUUACAAUGGCGGCCGGUGUCAUACAUUAGCGCGUCGCGCGAUGUAACCAGUUCCACGGAGACAGUCCAGUAUCCACCGAAACACGUGUUCAAUUAUACAAGCAUUAAAAAUUCGAUGCUCUACUGUUAUUAUGGAGAAACUGUGGAUCUUCUAUUACAAAAGAUAAUGGUUUCCUUGGGCUCAAAAGGAGAUGGUUUUUACAAGAAGACGAAUUACUUGACGUGGACUUUCAUGAUUGGAUACGGCACACCACCCGAGGAGAGAUUCUCUUCUCUAGUCAUUAUGAUUAUCUCGAUUGGUCUCGGCCUCCCUUUGCUCAUUAUGAUAAUCACUGGCCUGUAUCUCUGCAUUCGCAGAAUGCCGAAACGACAUGGCAAUGCUUAUUUAAAUCGAUGAACUCGUUCGUGUGCCAUGUGAUUUAUUCGUAUGUCGCGUGUACGUUUAGGUACAUCGCUACACAACUAUUGUUCUUCACAAAGAGAUAUUCCUAUAUUUAUACAACACAUAUAUUUUUACACGACUAGUAGCUCGGAUCUGAUAUUAGUGUGAUAAGUGUGAGUGAUAAUUCGUUCUCUCAUAACGUAUUAGCGCUUAGCGAAAUGUUAGGAUACUCCUCUAGUUCUCUGUUUUAAUAUUUUAAGAGGAUAUGUUAUUUGUUGACACUUGAUAAAAAAGAGAAUAGGAGCAAUCACAUUUAUUUCUAAAUAUGCUAUGAGAGAAUGAUAUGUUAGUUUGUAACGAAUGAACGAAUUUUUCUAGGUAAUUUGUAAUUGAACGCUGAUUGUAUGCACGAGAUUUACGAAAUAUACAUAUCUUAUAAUAA